AAACAAGUUAUGGUUGAUAUUUAAUUAUAAUAUAUUGAGCUAAUUUACGUUUAAAAUCAUUUAAUGAUUCGAUAUUUUUUAUAUGUGAAGGUAAGUUGUUAAAAAGUUGUGCGCCCUCGUAAGUUAUCAUCCGUUUGCCAUAGUUUGUCCGGAUUUUAGGUAGAAUGACGUAGCUAGCCCGUCUUGUGGAGCGUUUAGACACUUGUUUGUUUUGGGUAAGUGAAAGUGAUGUGUGGAUUGUUUUACAUAGUAUUUUUCUUAUGAGGAUACAUGUGCAGUGGGUGUAUAACUGUUUUAAAUUCAUUAGGUUAGUUUGUGUGUAUAUAGUAGUUGUUGGUGUUAAGUAGUGAUAGUGAAAUAACAUUUUUAUUAAUUUGUUUUGGAUGACCUGCAAGUCAGAGAGACUGGUUUUGCUUGCAGUACCCCAUAUUUCAAUGAGAUAUAACAGAUGGUUGUGUAUGGUGGCGCUGGUGGCGGCGUGCGCGCGCGCGGCGGAGGAGGACGUGCCCGACGCGCUCGACGGUGAUGAUGACGACAGCGAGCUCGCGCUCGACCAGGAGGAGUCCCGUAACGUGCACCCGCGCGCGUACCAGUCGGCUGCGUACAACGCGCUGCCGAGCGGGUUCCGCGCUACUGCCGCGCCCUCGCUGGCCGAGCUGGCCGGGUACACGCGCGUGCCGCACCAGCCCACCACGCACCACCAGCAGCCGCUGCAGCAACACCACCAGCAACAACAACAACACCGACAGGCGGCUCAAGCGGCCCGGCUGCAGGCGGCGCGCGAGCCCGAGGCAGAACGCGAAGAAGAAGCAGAAGAGGAGCGCGAGGAGCCGGACAGACUCGCGCAGCUGCUGCAGCAGUCGCGCUUCCAGUGCUCCGACAGACAGACCGGAUACUACGCGGACGAGGAGCUGCAGUGCGAGGUCUUCCACUACUGCCAGGACGGCGUCAAGCACUCCUGGAUCUGCCCCGACGGGUUCACUUUCCACCAGGUGCACCUGAUCUGCAUGCCACCGACCCAGGAGAACAUCUGCCAGCAGUCGGCCAAGUACCACAUCGUCAACAAGUACCUGUACCGGCCCAUCAACCAGGAGGAGGUGCAGCGCAAGCCCAACCUGCCGCUCAAGUACAGCGACCGCUACUACCCCGCCGAGGUGUACAACGACGACCGCUACGCCAACGACGACGACGGAGAGGAGGAGGAGGAGCCAGUGCGGCCAACGGGGCGGCCAGCGGCGGCGCCGGCGCAGGUGUUCCGCUCCGCCGAGGAGGUCAACAUCCCGCUGGUGCAGCGCCGCCCGCACAACCGCCCCUACGAGUUCCGCUUCUAGCGGCCCGCCGCGCCGCGCUCGCCGGCUGUCAGGGACCCGCGGCCCCAGCGAUGGGUUACCAUAAGCAAUCUUUUAGAACCUUAACUGAAUUAAGCCACAAAUUAGGUGUAAGCUAGUCUGUUUUAGUAUAAGGAUAAUGAAAGGAAAAUAAAUUAUUAACAUAUUUAA